ACCUGAUAAUCGUGCUUCCCAUUGUCCCCACCAGAGCCCACCUCCCUGCCUCUCUCUCCUGCCAUGCAGUGCCGCACCUUCCAGCAGGGCUCCGGAAGCGGCAGUAGGAGCUUCAGCUCAUGCUCAGCUGUGCUCCCCCGGAUGGUCACCCACUAUGCGGUGAGCAAGGGGCCAUGCUGGCCCGGAGGCACUGGGGGCCUCCGGGCCCUGGGCUGCCUUGGCUCACGGAGCCUGUGCAAUGUGGGCUUCGGGAGGCCCCGGGUCGCCCCCAGGUGCGGCCCGCCUGGCUUCGGGUACCGAGUGGGGGCUGCCUGUGGGCCUUCUGCCUGUAUCACCCCUGUCACCAUCAAUGAGAACCUGCUGGUCCCACUUGAGCUAGAGAUCGACCCAACCGUGCAGAGGGUGAAGACAGACGAAAAGGAGCAGAUCAAGUGCCUCAAUAACCGCUUUGCCUCCUUCAUCAACAAGGUCCGGUUCCUGGAGCAGAAGAACAAGCUUCUGGAGACCAAGUGGAACUUCAUGCAGCAGCAGAGGUGCUGCCAGAGCAACAUAGAGCCCAUCUUCGAGGCCUACAUCUGCACCCUGCGGAGGCAGCUGGACUGUGUGGCCGGAGACCGGGCCAGGCUAGAGUCGGAGCUCUGCGGCAUCCAGGAUGCAAUGGAGGGCUACAAGAAAAAGUAUGAAGAGGAGCUCUCCCUGCGGCCCUGCACUGAGAAUGACUUUGUUGCCUUGAAGAAGGAUGUGGACACGGCCUUCCUGAUGAAGGCUGACCUGGAGACUAACGUGGAGGCUCUGGUCCAGGAGAUCGACUUCCUGAAAGGCCUGUAUGAGGAGGAGAUCUGCCUGCUCCAGUCUCAGAUCUCAGAGACCUCGGUCAUUGUGAAGAUGGACAACAGCCGGGAGCUGGACGUGGACAGCAUCAUUGCCGAGAUCAAGGCCCAGUACGACGAAAUUGCGAGCCGCAGCAAAGCCGAGGCAGAGGCCUGGUACCAGUGCCAGUACGAGGAGCUGCGGCUGGCAGCCGAGAGCCACUGUGACAACCUCCGUAACCGCAAGAACGAGAUCCUGGAAAUGAACAAGCGGGUCCAGCGGCUGCAACAAGAAACUGAGGCUGUAAAAGCCCAGCGCUGUAAACUCGAGGGUGCCAUAGCUGAGGCUGAGCAGCAGGGUGAGGCCGCCCUCAAUGAUGCCAAGUGCAAGCUGGCGGGGCUGGAAGAGGCCCUGCAGAAGGCCAAGAAGGACAUGGCCUGCCUGCUCAAAGAGUACCAGGAGGUGAUGAACUCCAAGCUGGGCCUGGACAUCGAGAUCGCCACCUACAGGCGCCUGCUGGAGGGCGAGGAGCAGAGGCUGUGUGAAGGCAUUGGGCCCGUGAAUAUCUCUGUGAGCAGCUCGAAAGGCACUGUCCUGUACGAGCCAUGUGUGGUCAGCACACCUGUGCUGAGGACCGAGUACCGCCCAGGGAGCACCAGUGUCCUCCAGAGCAGUGCUGGCCGCAGCUUCGUGGGCACCAGUGAACUCUACAUUCCCUGCGAGCCCCAGGGGCUACUGGGCUGUGGGAGUGGGCGGAGCUCCAGCAUGAGGCUGGGGGCUGGGGGAGGCUCCUCCCACCACAAGUGUUAGCAGGGCCCCAGAGGCUAGAAGCCCAGGGAACAGGACGCCAAUCCCCCUCCUGGAUGUCGCCCCCUGACCGGGGCUGGAGACAAAGAUAUUCCAAAACCCCAUCUUCCUGUAUAGGCCCCAGGUUUCCCUUGGGUUUUCACUGGGAGCUACCUCUCGGGUAUCUUCAAGAGACAUCUUUCACUUAGCUGUGUGCAGACCCUAGGGGUGGGGGUGGGAUGCAAAGAAAGAAAAGCAUCACCCAUACCCCUGGCCUGCUGAGAGUCAGGCCCUGGUGUGGCCAAGAGAAUGGCAGUAGCCCCAACCACUGCUUUUCCAGAUGAGAAGGCCAAAUGGGCACAUCACAGCUCUGCUUGCUGGCUUACCUCAUGGAUGUUUCCCCACAAAGUCAGCCUCCUGCUACACCCAGGGGUCCCUUACCUCCCUUACCUCUGACUGUCAUGCACCUAAAAGUGAACUUCUUUUAACACCCACCUAAAACAUGCACUAUCACAAAUAUCAACAGGAGACACCCCAAAAUCUCAUUCUGAAUUCCAUAGCAAAGUUUCAGGAUUUCAGGGUCACACAAGACCUGUCAGUGUCCUCUCGGCGCACAAAUAAAGAGGUGGUCUUUGGGCAGUAGAUUUACCUGCUCAGAUGUGUUGAACUCACACUGUGAAAAGACAUCUUUUUUCUGAGCUCACAUUGGCAGCUGAUGGUGGGAAAAUACCUAGAACACAGGCAAGGGGGCAUGGAGUAUUUGCUGGACAGAGGGACAACCUCUGAGCUGACAUUAUUUGCUCCGUGGAAUCAAGCCUCACACCCACCUUCAGUACAUUGCCACUCCAUUCCUGCUCCCUCUCCCCUUAGCUCCUCUUGCUUGGGGUCUGAUAUGAACGUGUUUUCCUGGCUGCAGUGAUGGGGGGGCUGCCCAGCCCACUUGGAGGCUCUGGCUCAGGGACAAGACGGAGGAGGAGGAGCUGGGCUGACUCCACCCCCAGAGGCCCCGCCCUUCGUGCUGCCAACGCCCCGCCCACCCAGGGACCAACCACCUCUGCCCUGAGCCUCUGGGCUUGUCUGUUCCCAAUAAACUGACUGUUCACAGGC